AUGAUCUCUCAGAUCCAGGCCAUGAUUCUAGAGUACGUCCAGCCCGAGAACACACUGAUCCUGGCGGUGACCUCGGCCACCGAAGACCUGGCCAAUUCCGACGCCCUCAAACUCGCCCGCCUAGUGGACCCUAAAGGUGAGAGGACCAUCGCGGUGCUGACGAAGCUGGACCUGAUGGACAGAGGCACAGACGCCCGGAAAGUGCUGGAGAACAAGGUCUACCCCCUCAAGCGAGGCUACAUCGGCGUGGUGAACAGGUCCCAGAAGGACGUCGAGGCGGAGAAGGACAUGAAGGCCGCGAGGGAGGACGAGGAAGNGCGAGGGAGGACGAGGAAGCAUUCUUCGAAGCUCAACCGGCUUACA